CCACGGAAAUACACCAUGGACGAGCGCAGUGAUUAUGCGAAUGUGGAUUCUCGAUGUCUCAUUAGGCGUGAAAAAGUGUUAAAUUAUUCAAGUAAAGUUGGACUUUUGACGUCACGGACCAUCCCCCAGGCUGACGUUCUUUAUGAUAACUACAAGUCACGAAAAUAUGUCAUGCCUCUUUAUCUCUCAAAGAACCGAACUCAUGGGAGACACCUAGGAUGUUCGAUAUAUUCAUUGGAGUCAAAGGGCCGAGGAGAAACCUGUUCUCCUGGUUCGCGGAGCUCGUACCUUUGGAAGUAUCUGCGGGCGCUUUUUUUCCACGGAACAAGAAGCGCUGACGUUGAUUCUUCGGUUCCAGGUAAACUUUACGCGCGUUACGUUGGUAUGCGACGACGUCAGCGGAAGGUCACGUGGAGGCGCGCGCGCGCCUAUAAAAGCCAGCAGCGCGGCUCGAGCCGGCAUUCGAGAGAUACUGCUCGUACGGUGAACGUGCUAGAUCGUUCAGCUAGAUACAAGCUACACGUUGCUCGAGUCAGCGUGAGAAACGUAAUAGUCUCAGAGAGAGCAUCGGAUAUUCCGUUCGAGGCGAAGAGGAGACCAGUGAGUUCAGUGAGAAAAGUGAUUGAUCAGUGAAGAUCAUCAACAGGGAGGAACGCAAGGAUAUUCUUGAGAACGUACGAGGUGCAGCAGUACCAAAACUCAAACUCAAAAUGUACACGAACCCGUUCAACCGCAAACACAGCACGAUCCGCCAGGUGCUGGAUCGACUUCUGGAUCCCAGCAAGAAGCCGAUCAGAAGGUCCGAGAGUGUGUCCAGCUCUGGCAGCAGCAGCUCUAAUGGCAGCGGCUCCUUCGGCGGUUCGUCGCCGACCCAGAGCCGUCGUGGGAUUCUGCAGUGGGGCAGGAAAUGAGGGAAGAGUCCUCAAGGAAGAGCUUUCUUGCUUUGAAACGUAGGCCAAGCUGGUAGAAAAACUCGUGAAGAUCGCCCCAGUCAUCUGGAGGCAGCAUCCAGACCGUUGAAAGCGUUAAGAAGCCAGACUUACUUUCGACGUUUCACAUUCGCAUCUCAUGACGACUUCAAGUGGAAUGAAAGACGCGUGGGAAAGCAGCCUGUAAGACACUCAUCCUCAUCCUGGCAAUCAUGGGAGACAUCGUCUUGGACGAGAGGAGGACGUACGCCAGCGUAGUCCAGGAGAUGGAGAACACGUUGGAGCUCCAAUUGGUACGAUGGAGAAUGGAGAACGAAGAUCGAAGAAAUUCGGAAUCUCGAAAGUGGCUUGGGCAGCCAUUGACACGGGCAGCGAUAGUUCUUGCCAGCGGGAGCUUCCCUUUUAUUUAUUUUUCCUCUCAAUUAUUUACUUCACUCAUUCGUAUGCUUGUCUCGUCCUGCGGCGGAAGUAUCCGUUGCACGAUUUGCUACUAACGUGGCUUUCAGGCACUAUAAAACCCAGUCUGUUUAUAACAUCGGCCAAUCCCACGUUGAUUAAAUUAUUCGUUAUUGCGCCAUUGUCAUUAUCCAUUAAGGAGGUGAACCAAACACUACGCCUACUUUCGUCGCGGAUCGCGACGAUUAUUAGACGCUAUAAAAAUGCCAUGUAUUAGACAUAGGAACCCUAAGGAAACUCGUUAUAGGUCGCACAUUGUGGACGCAUAAAAGCGAUCUUAAUAGGAAAUAGACUAAUCAGGGUUCAUAAAUGCGAUUCGAACGGAUUCGCCAGUCUUUAGAUUUAAGUUGCUAGUCAAGAAUCAGUAUUAGCCGUUUAAUCGUUAUAAUUACGUGUUAAUCGUUCUCACGAUAUCACCAUUAUACUAGGAAUAAUUUCUUGUCCUUAUUCCUACUUUAUCGAUUAUCAUAAUAAAUCUAUUUAUUCGCCAAUGUCAA